AUGUCAGGUUUAAAUAUCAAUUUGGUGGUGAUUAUGGCGCUCAUGCUUGCAUCUGUGCAGUUUCAUGGCACGGCGGCUCAAACUACCCAUGUGGUCGGUAACGCCUUGGGCUGGAAUAUUCCUCCCAACGGACCUUCUGCUUACACCACCUGGGCAUCAACUCAGACCUUCAGAGUCGGCGAUGUUCUUCUCUUUAACUUCAUCACCGGAUUCCAUAACGUUGCUGAAGUACCGCAGGCGGCGUACGGCCUAUGCACCACCGCCAACCCCAUCUCCAUCUCCACUACCGGCCCCGCUAGAGUCACCUUGAACGCACCUGGUACACACUAUUACAUCUGCACCGUUGGAACUCAUUGCCAAAUUGGUCAGAAACUCAACAUCAACGUCUCCGCUACGUCUGCCACCCCUUCACCAACAGCAACACCCGCCACUCCCGCACCGGUUUCUCCACCCACACAUAGCACCAGUCUACAACAGCCAUCACCCAGUUUUGCUCCAUCUUUCACGGCCGUCGCACCCUUCAGUUUCUUGGCGAUAGCUUUAGCUUUAUUUUAUUAG